ACUGGAAAAGAAGCGAGACGAGGAGAAGGUGCAUCAAUUCUUGAUGGGGCUGGAUGAUGUGAUGUACGGAACAGUACGCUCUAAUAUAUUGAGCAUGGAACCAUUGCCCAAUAUUAAUAGAGCCUACGCGAUGAUAAUUCAAGAAGAACGACAUCGGAACAUUGCUCGGAGCAACGAAGAUCGCAGCGAUGCAGUGGGUUUUAGUGCUCAAUUGGGAUCACAUGCGAGAGCAGCGGCUGUACGCAACAAAGAGAAACCAGGGAUAUGCACCCAUUGUGGAAAAUCUGGGCACGAUGCUAAGACGUGCUAUCAGAUUGUCGGUUAUCCAGAAUGGUGGGGAGAUAGGCCUAGAGGGAACGAGAAAGGAACUCCCCGAGGCAGAGGAGGAGGACUAAUUGGACGUAGCAGAGGAGGCGGUGCAAGAGUAAAUGUUACUCGUGUGCCAACCGAAAACGAGGCCACUCGAUUCGACACGGAACGACAGGACUUCCCCAACCUUAGUGGAGAGCAAUGGGCCACGCUACUUGAAAUGUUGAAUUCAAGUAAGAGUGGUGGUGAGCGACUUUCUGGUAAGAAAAUUUACGAUGAAUGGAUCGUAGACUCGGGCGCCUCUCAUCAUAUUACUGGAAAUUUAGAACUGUUAUCCCAUGUUUGUGAAAUAACACCGACUCCAGUGGAAAUUCCUGAUGGAGAAAAUGCAAUUGCCUUGAAAGAAGGAAAAUUAUGCCUAGGAAGCGGUCGUUAUUUGAAUAAUGUUUUGUUUGUUCCGACUAUGACCUGCACUCUUAUAUCCGUGUCUAAAUUUUUGAAAGCACUAAAAUGUAUUAUUACUUUCACUGAUAAGUUAUGUGUGAUACAGGACCGCAUCUCGAGGUUCCUGAUUGGAGCGGGUGAAGAGUGCGACGGGGUCUAUUUCUUCCGAGCAAUUCCGACAGCACGAGCAUGUAAAGCGAACGGUUUGGAUGAACGAGAAUUGUGGCAUCGAAGAUUAGGACACCCGUCCAAGAAGUUGUUAUCUUUUAUUCCAGUAGUUAAAAGUGGUAGUAGUGAUCACACUAAUAAAGAUUCUUGCGAUAUUUGUUUGCGAGCAAAACAGACUCGAGAAGUUUUCCCUACAAGUAAUAAUAAAGCGUUGAUUGUUUUGCUUUAA